GCGGCGGCGGCGGCGGCGGCGAAGGAGGAGGAGGAGGAGGAGGAGGAAGAAGAAGAAGAGAGAGGCUCGGCGCACCGCACCGCCGCUCGGCUUUUCUUCGACUCUUUCCUUUUUGUAUGUGUUUUUUAAAAAAGCUUCUCUGGACAGAGAUUUUAUGCUUAGUUUCUUCGGGGCUUUGUUAGGAAACGGCACGCUUAUUUUCCCCCCCUCUUUUGCAUUUGCCCAAGGACCAGUUUGUGUGUGUGUGUGUGUUUUUUUAAAGGCGUGUGCAGUCCCACACAAGUGUCUUUUUUUAACACGAAGUUGUCAGCCUGAACGGCAAAAAGGAGACAAACAGGGGAGCAGUUUUCCUAAUUCAAAGGGGAAAUAAAAGCACAAAGCUUGCCUUUUGCCUCCCUCCCCCUUUCCUGAAAACCUUAAAGGGGGGAAGAAGUAAAACUUGCCCAAGAGGCUGCGCGAUUCCCGAAGGAAGGAGGAGAAAAAGAAGCAGCCAAAGCUUUUUCUCUCCUGCUUCCUUCCUGUUGGUGGCUGGGCUGCUUCUCCCAUGAUUUUUCUGCACUUAGAACAAGCUGUGCCUUAAUCAAUCAGUUCAGACCGGCCUUCCUUCACAGUGAGGGGAUCCUUUCCCCCGCCACCCUCCUUACUGUGUGACACCAGUUCCCACAAAUCCUGUGGCACCUUCCUGUCUUGCACCCACUUUCCCCCCCGUGUGGGGCCUUCACAACAUGGAUGACUCGGAAGUGGAGUCGACUGCCAGUAUACUUGCCUCCGUCAAAGAGCAGGAGGCACAGUUUGAGAAGCUGACACGGGCCCUGGAGGAAGAACGGCGCCAUGUCUCUGCGCAGCUGGAGCGCGUCCGUGUCUCCCCACAGGAUGCCAGCCAGACCAUGGCCAACGGCACCCUCACUCGCCGGCACCAGAACGGCCGUUUCUUGGGCAAUGCUGACUUGGAGAGGCAGAAAUUCUCAGAACUGAAACUCAACGGACCACAGGACCACAGCCACCUUAUAUACAGCACCAUUCCUAGAAUGCAAGAUCCAGGGCAGAUUGUGGAAGAGACUUACACCAUGGAAGAAGACCCGGAGGGUGCUAUGUCAGUUGUUUCUGUUGAGACCUCCGAUGAUGGGACAACUCGCCGCACAGAGACGACGGUGAAGAAAGUAGUGAAAACCAUGACCACACGCACGGUGCAGCAAGUUCCGGUUGGUCCAGAUGGGUUGCCUGUGGAUGGCUCUCCAGUUCCCAACAACUACAUUCAGACCAUUGAUAGGAACUUCAGGAAAAACACCAACGGUGGCCCUGGUGCCUACAUGAGCCAGCCAGGCACAGCUACCCUUCCCCGUAACUACCACUACCCAGAUGGUUAUGGCCGCCCCUAUGAGGAUGGUUAUCAUGGCAGUGAACACAAUUAUGGCAGCCUGUCCCGUGUGACCCGCAUCGAUGAGCGCUACCGUCCCUCCAUGGAUGGCUACCGGGCUCCCAGCCGCCAGGAUGUCUAUGGGCCUCAGCCGCAGGUGCGGGUUGGGGGAAGCAAUAUGGACUUGAACCGCUUCCACCCAGAGCCUUACGUGUUGGAGGAUGACCAGCGCAGCAUGGGCUACGAGGACCUGGAUUAUGGCACAAUGCCAGACUAUGGUACAGCCAGACGGACCGGGACUCCCUCUGACCCCCGUCAGAGGCUAAGGAGUUAUGAAGACAUGUUGGCAGAUGACUUGGCUAGAGACCAGUAUUACUGGGCUCCUCUAGCCCAGCAUGAGAGAGGCAGCCUGGCAAGCUUGGACAGCCUGCGGAAAGGAGGCCAGCCUCCAGGCAACUGGCGCCAGCCCGAGCUCCCUGAGGUGAUAGCCAUGCUGGGGUUCCGUCUGGAUGCGGUGAAGUCCAACGCUGCGGCCUACCUGCAGCACCUGUGCUUCCGUAACGACAAGGUGAAAACAGAGGUGCGCAAGCUGAAGGGCAUUCCUGUGCUUGUGGGGCUGCUGGACCACCCCAAAAAGGAGGUGCACUAUGGGGCAUGUGGGGCCCUCAAGAACAUCUCCUUCGGCAAGGACCAGGACAACAAGAUUGCCAUCAAGAAUUGUGACGGCGUCCCUGCUCUGGUGAGGUUGCUGAGGAAGGCGCGUGACAUGGAUCUCACCGAAGUCAUCACAGGAACGCUGUGGAACCUCUCCUCUCAUGACUCGAUAAAGAUGGCCAUUGUAGAUAAUGCCUUACAUGCCCUCACCGAUGAAGUGAUCAUUCCACACUCUGGCUGGGAGAGAGAGCCCAGCGAGAACUCGAAGCCUCGCCACAUAGAGUGGGAGUCGGUGCUCACCAAUACCAUUGGCUGCCUUAGAAAUGUCAGUUCAGAGAGAAGCGAAGCCCGCCGAAAGCUGCGAGAGUGUGAUGGACUUGUGGAUGCCCUCAUAUAUAUUGUUCAAUCAGAAAUUGGCCAGAAGGAUUUAGAUAGCAAGCUUGUGGAAAACUGUGUCUGCCUCCUGAGGAACCUCUCCUAUCAAGUGCAUCGUGAGAUCCCCCAUGCGGAGCGCUAUCAGGAAGCUCCUCUCAGUGCUGCCAACAGCACUGGCCCCCACCCUGCCAGCUGCUUUGGUGCCAAAAAGGGCAAAGACGAAUGGUUUGCAAGAGGCAAAAAGCCAACGGAGGAUCCUUCUGCUGACACAGUGGACUUCCCUAAAAGAACAACCCCUGCGAAAGGUUACGAGCUCCUUUUCCAGCCAGAAAUUGUCCGUAUCUAUAUCUCGCUGUUGAAGGAGAGCAAGACCCCGGCUAUCUUAGAAGCCUCAGCCGGAGCCAUCCAGAAUCUCUGCGCUGGCCGCUGGACGUAUGGGCGGUACCUUCGUGCAGCAGUACGCCAGGAGAAAGGGCUCUCUUCAAUAGCUGACCUCCUGACACAUGACGGAGAGCGUGUGGUAAAAGCCGCAUCCGGAGCUCUGCGCAACCUGGCGGUGGAUUCCCGUAAUAAAGAGCUGAUAGGUAAACACGCCAUCCCCAGUUUAGUGAAGAAUUUGCCGGGCGGACAGCAGUCGCCAGCCAGAAACCUCUCUGAAGACACGGUGGUUUCUGUGCUGAACACCAUAAACGAGGUGAUACUGGACAAUUUGGAAGCAGCAAAGAAACUGCGGGAGACGCAAGGCAUUGAGAAACUGGUGCUCAUCAACAAGUCUGGGAAUCGCUCGGAGAGAGAAGUCAGAGCUGCUGCUCUUGUAUUACAGACCAUUUGGGGCUAUAAAGAGUUGCGGAAACCGUUGGAGAAAGAAGGGUGGAAGAAGUCUGACUUCCAGGUGAAUCUGAAUAACAGUUCUAGAAGCCAGGGUGGCAACUCUUUUGACGACAGCACCUUGCCCCUCAUUGAUAAGAACCAAAAAGGAGACAAGAAAUCAUCUCGAGAGGAGAUCCAGAUGGGCAACAUGGGACCAGACAACUACUCUACACUGAAUGAACGGGACCACAAUAGGACAUUGGACCGAUCUGGAGAGGAAAUGGAAUCUCUGAAGGGAGCGCCACUGAUGCAGGAGGAAGGGCAAGAAUCCCUUGAGGAGAAUGAGCAGUUGUUUUAUCCUCCUCCGAUGCAGAAGAUCUAGACAUGCCAUCUCUGCCUUCUCUGUUUUGGGUUUAUAACAUACCAUGUGUAACUCUUUGUGGUGAAAUGGACUGACUUUUUUUUUAAAUCUCCUGGCACACAAGUCCAGCCACUCAGCCAAUGACUGCCCUCUCCCAUGCCCACAGAGCCCCUCAUUCCUCUCUCUAGAUGGCUGCACAUCCAGUUCUCUGGGUCACUUUUUUGUCUCUCUUUUUUUAAAAAAGAAAAAAAAAUGCAGCAAUUCCUGAAGACCAAAUAUUCCUGAUGGAUCUCACUUGAGAGACUAAGGCAGACUCUUAAAAACAAUACCAGUGAAUGCCGUGUCUACUACCAAGGAUGGAAACCGCUGGUGCAGAUGGAUAACUUUCAAUUGAACUCAAACCAUACUGGAACUAGAUUUUCUUAUGGAGAUGUUGGCUCUUUUCUUCAAAAAGAAACCAUCUCCUCCUUCUUGUAGCCUAUAAAAUAUAUUUUCGUGUGUGAUUCAUUUUUUUUGCAACAAAGGAUGCUGGGAAUACUGGAACAUUCCUGGUUGGGUGGUGGUGGUGAUGAUGAUGAUUAUGAGGGAGGGGGGAUGACGACAAAGGAGGAACAGCUGAUGAGUGACUACCCUUGAAUUACCUGAAUGCAAGAUGGCCUUGAGGAGUGCAUCUUUGGGAUGAGAGCUCUGUGGAUCCUUAUAAGCGGAGAAAGAAUGGGUGGGCUGCCAUACUUCUUGUUUGCUUCUUGGUGAUUUAAUCUGCAAUGGGUUAACUCAGAGCUUUAGGAAGCUAUUUAUUUGUGGGGAAAGAGCAGCUUCAGGGGAGGGUUGCGGGGAGUUGAGGGGGUGGGGAGAGGACACAGUAAUGUUACCAGGGAGUUGGUGGAAAUGGGGGGCAGGGGUCUUCUGACGUAGGGGAGGCCAUUUUUGCUCUACCCUGUCAGGGACAACACACAAUGUCUGGUUUGAGGUUGUUGCUGGUUAAUUUUGAGGUAAGUGAUAGAUGCCUAGACAGGGCUGUAAAGUGCAGAGUAGGGUGAGGGAAGAGGGCAGAUGGCGUGGGAAGCAGGAUGAUGUGGACAGUGCGUGAGGGAGAGAAGGCUAUUUUGUAAAUAUUGCCCAAAUCCUCCCAUGCAGGCAGGGGAAUGAGAAAAACUAUUAGCUGUCACUAUUUACACGUGCCUUUCUUUGCCACUGUGAAAUGGCUUGGUGCUUUUUACCAGUUUUGAGUGAGGAAGGUAUGAAGAGUGCCUAGACGGGAGAGUGAAGUGGGGGUGGGGUGAGGGUAGAUUUUGACACAGAGCUCAUUGUUGUUCCUGCUCUCCCCCAACUCCUUGCAUUGGAACCAGAAUUCUGAUAUCACCAUUUCUGAUACUGAAAUUUAAGAGGUCCGUAUUGGCAGUUGGAGCUGGGAGAGACUAGAAACGAACAUGUCAGCUGUUUUAAGGGCCCUGGGGGCUGAGGAGGGAAAGGUGAAAGCACGGGGGUGGUGGGUGAGGAUCAUGAUGUGCACCUUAAUGUCUCGCCCUCUUCAGGGAACAAGAGGAAUUUAAGGCCUGUUUCUGCAGCUCUUGGUCCUCAGCAGUGUAGCAGCAAUAAAGGGGGAAUCUAUGACUAGUUCUGGGCACCAUAUUGGUGGCUCCACCCCUUUUAGUGACUGAAGAGGACUGCUAUAGCCUUUCCCUCAUCCUGCCCUACCAACCCCAAAGCUCUGCCUCAGCCCAAUAACUGCAAGGGACUCAGUUGCCCUCCACGCGUGGGAUUCUUGCCGCAUCUGCAGUCCACACUGUAUCAGAGCAAAGGCCUAAAGCAAAAGCAAUCCCAAGGUUUUCCCUCUGCCCCCCUCAUUUUUGGGGAGGAGUCAGAAAGCAGGUAAAUCAGCCUUCCAAGGUGGGGUCACUCAACCUUUUUCUAAUGCAAAACACUUUUAAAAAAAUUUCAGAUGAACCAAAAAUCCCCUUCCCAUUCUGACCAAUUCAGUGCUGUAGGCGGAACUAAUAACUCACUGACUUUCGUUGUUUUGCUUUUCCUUUGCACCCUUGGGGGAUUGGGGGGGGCAUCCUGUUGUUCUUUGGGUCCUGCGCUCACUCUGUAAUGCUUUUAAAACAAAAUGAUUUUUAUAUAAAUAAAGUUUUAAAGUGUGUAUUUGUUAAAAAUGGAA